AUCUACUAUCAUUAAUCUAAGUCUCGGCUCUCGCCAUGUCGUCUGUCUGGCUUAUUCUUCUCUUCUACUGCAUCGUGUACCAAACAUUGGGUUUCCCGCCAAAUGAUAUCCCUGCUGAAUCCAGAACUCAGUCGCACAAUUCUAUUACUUUGGAGGCCAUAUUUCGCACCACUGCUGUGUUUUUGGAUAAAUUGGGCUUAGUGAACAACACAGGACUACCUCCUGCUCAAAAAGUUCAGGCAUUUUUUGGCACAGAUCAAGAAUCUUAUUUAAAUUAUCUAAGGAUUAUUACCAGAAUCAUCGGCUAUGAGAAUGACAUCCAAAGAGAUUUUGCCAAUGUUUCAUUUUACCAUGUGAAUGGAGAACAGAUUGCAAUAGCACACAAUUACAUCCGCAAUCUAAGACAAACAAUAAAAGGUCUGUCCACGACAGCAACAACAGAUGACAUCGAGCAGAUCAGAGAAAAGGUUGGAGCAGCUUUGUAUACAAUUCAGGAAUUCUACAGCAACACGAACUGGGUAGAACUCCGUAGAAAUAGCAUUUAUGAGGAUUUCGGUCAAGACAGUGUAACAUUGAUAGAGGUGGCAGACCUUCAAGAAAACACCUGUUCAGACUGUGCAUUUCUAGAAGGGCUUAUAAUAUGUGACAACAAUAUUGUUACCGACAAAUUAACAAGUGGCUACAAAUCAGGACAAGAUGUAACAAAACCUGUCAGGCAAGGUAUAAGCGGGAAAUGCAGUCAUGGAUCGUCGGAUGAUGACAGUCGCUUUAUGACGGCAACCGGUGGAAUCUACAAAGGAAGAUCUGUUCAGAGCGAAGCUCCCCGCAGUAUCCUGCAUGCCGCCGCGUCGGAAGCAGCCAUUAACGCUUCACAAUACUUUCUUAUCGGGCAAGGACGAGGACUUUUAAGUCUGAUGGGUGAGGAAGUCUUCCGAGAUGUCUUUGGUAUACGGACCAGAGAAGAUAUAGUUAAAACGUCCUUGACCUUUGUCAUUGACGUCACAGGUUCCAUGGGGGAUGAUAUUAAAGCGGUGAUAAAGGCCACUCAGAAAAUAGUCUAUGAGGCAAAAGACUCGCAGUUCGUGCCAGAAAAUUAUAUUCUCGUUACUUUUUCUGAUCCUGCAUCGUUGACCACCGGAAGACAGACCGAUAACCCAGAGGUCAUGAUAAAUUGGCUUAAAAAUCUCGCGGUAACAGGAGGCGGGGAUUGUCCUGAAUAUGCUAUGACUGGAAUGUUGAAAGGAAUUGAAAUGUCCAACAAAAAUUCCAAAAUUUACCUUUGUACUGACGCUGAUGCAAAAGACGAGUAUUUACAGGACCGAGUGAUCGAAGGGUUGAGGGCGAAAUCUCUCACACCAGUGUUCCUCCUUACCGGACAAUGCUCUUCCAGGAGGAAAAGAGACAUAAUUGAUCUGGAACAGUCCCCGAUACCAGAUACUAUGCUGCCGUCAGAAACCAACCUUUUCCAUCGAGUGAAAAGAUCGAGUUUGCAGGUGUUCGAGGCAAUAGCAAAAGAAACUGGAGGAAGGGUAUAUGAAACAAAGGUGGCACAACUAGAGACAAUAGUGGAAAAAGAGAUCAAGGAUACUUUUCCAUCAUCCAAUGUCUUUAUCACGUGGUUUGUGAUACCUGCCAAUUCUGCAUCAAAUGUUGUAAUGUCUAUUCCUGUAGACAAUCACAUGGAAACACUAAAGAUAGAUGCUAGGAUAGUCAUAAACCAGUUCGAAUUUACUCUUUCUUAUCCCAACGGUACAAAUGUUAUGUUUUCAUCUGAAAAGGAAAAGCAAAACAUUUUAGACAGCACUUUAACAAUAUCAAUUCAGGAUCCAGGUCCUGGGAUUUGGAAAUUUGAGAAGAAUACAUUAAGUGCAUGGAUAGUAAACGUUACAGCCCAAAGUCCAAUGGAUUUCUCUACUAGUAUUUUGGAACCCAGCUCUGAUGGCAAUUUUUACCAGUUGUCCGGAAAUCCAAUUAAAGGAUACAACUAUACAUUAGUGGUUGAUAUUCAGAAUUUGGACUCUAACUCCUCUUGUACAAGUGUUGGUCUGUUGGAUAGAAAUGGGACUGAAGUGGCAGAAGUUCCCGUUAGAAGAUUAGACAUUGCGAGUAUAACUCGUUGCAUUGGAGAGUUUGUUCCUCUGAAUAAGUCAAGUUACGCACAACUUAGAGGAGAAGAUGCACUUGGUAAUGAGUUCCUAAGGACGCGCAUGUUUACUAUUCUACCAGCCUCCGUGCAGCUGCGUGUUUAUCCUGUUCUAGGACAGUUACGUUUAAAUGAAAGCACAAAUAUCACCUUUACCCUUACAAACACUGGGGAUUCUUCUGUGAAUUUCAUGAUCACUGUAUCAAAUGGUAAAACCAAUAUUACGGUACAACCGGGGAAUCUUAGUGCUGGGGAGAUAUACACUGCUGUUGCCAUGGUAACACCAGAUUCAUUGCAGCCAAUAGUAUUAGAAUGGACCGUUACUCUGGAAAACUACACUGGUAUUAUCCAAUCAGAAAGGAGGCGCUAUUCCGUGGCAGACACGAGAACAGCAGACUGUAUAGUGCUAAAAUAUCCAGAAAGAUGUCCCGUGCAGUCCCUCAACACUGGGAACUGUUCCUCCUACAACUGGACAGGAUUGGUCCAGGUCUCAUCAGCAACUAUAUGGCUAUCAGAGAUCAGCGUAUCCUCUGAUGAAGUCAUGCUGGAACAUAUGAACAUAUCAGAGGCAAACUUCUCCCUACCUAUAGCAAUAAGUGGCGCUUGUUGUAUACAAGCAGUUGUUCUUACCAUUACUGACAACGAUGGUAAAUUUGAUCGAUGUAAUUUUAUCCUCUCUGAACAACCUCUUUCUGUUGUUCAAGAAACAACAACAGUAGGUACAACAGCAGUAGAAGUUCAGACGACAACAACUGCUACAUCAGUAGAUGCAAAGGAACAGACAGCAGUUAACUGGACUUUGAUUGGUAUCGUCGUCGGAUCAAGCGUCGCAGGAAUCAUCCUCAUCGCACUUCUCGUCGUCCUUAUCUACAAAACAAAGAGAGGAUCUAGGGCUGAGGACAAAAUAAUGUUAUCACAUCGUUAAAUAUGUGUUAAAUGAUUCUCAGAUAAAAUAUCGUCAAUUACUAAAUAAAAUUAGUACAAUAAGCUCGCAUAAAUCCUGAAAGAAAAUGAAAGAUAUUUUCAUAAUUACUUGUCUGUUUCAUUUUAAAUAUCUUCCUUGCAUUGUAUCUGGAUUCCCCUUACACUGUAUCUGGAUAAAUGUUGUAAUGAGAAAAUUGAAUACAAGGAUUACUCCACACAUUCCACUAUAUGCUAAAUUGUAAGCAUUGAAUGGACACAUUUUAUUUUUAAUCGAAAAUAUGCAUGAAUCAUUUUAAAUAUUAUGUAAUUGAAUUUUGCUUCCAUAUUAACUUCCAUCAACUUAUAACAGUACAAAACAUUUGGGUCAAUUAACAGUAUCUUUUUUUUAUUUCAUUAAAUUGUUUAACUAUUUCAGCAGGAUAAAUAGAUACUGUGUUAUGUUAAAUUAAGUAAUACUAAUUGUGUAAAUUGUUUGAAACGAAAACAAUAAAACAAUGCUUUAUUUUAGUUUGACCCAUUCUUUCUGUCAAGAACCAUAUCUUGGAGCACAAAGAUUAAAGAUAUCAAAUAUUCUUAAUUCUUAAAUUGCUGUUAUUAAUUUAGCAAAUAUAAUUUGCGUACUUACA